UGGGUACGUACAUGUACAUGUACGUAAGUACGUAGGCCUACGUCUACGUCUGUAACGCCAACGGAACCGUAAAGCUGAACCCGUGAUUACUCUAGUGCCAAAUUUCACCACAACCAAUGCUUUGUCUACAAGUUUUAUAUCGUGUUUUGAAUCUUUGUGGCAAGAGUCCAGCAGUUGAACUGAGUGCCAGACAGCAAAUUUCAUCAUCUGCAUCGUCCUCCACCCCAAAAAUGACAGUGACGUCGCACAUUGCCAAGCACUUUGACCCCCUCAUCAAGUCAGCUGAGGACAAGCGCACCUACCGGGGCCUGGAGUUGACCAACGGCAUGACGGUGCUGCUCAUCAGUGAUCCAACUACAGAGAAGGCGGCGGCAGCGAUGGACGUCAACAUUGGGUCCAUGUCAGAUCCGUGGGACAUACCAGGCCUGGCACAUUUCUUGGAGCACAUGCUUUUCCUCGGCACGAAAAAGUACCCAUCAGAAAAUGCCUACUCCCAGUUUCUGAACCAGCAUGGAGGUUUUGCCAAUGCCUACACAAGCCUGGAACACACCAACUUCUACUUUGAUGUGUCACAUGAACACCUCGCUGGAGCUCUUGAUAGGUUUGCCCAGUUCUUCCUUUCCCCACUCUUCAACCAAGACUCCCAGGAGCGAGAAGUCAACGCCGUGGACUCGGAGAACGAGAAGAAUCUGAAGGCAGACCAGUGGCGGCUCUACCAGCUGGAGAAGUCGACCGUCGACCCCGAGCACCCCUACUGCAAAUUCAACACCGGGAGCAAGGAGACACUCCAGGCCAUCCCAUCUCAGAAAGGCAUCGAUGUCCGACAGGAGCUACUGAAGUUCCACGAUACCUUCUACUCUUCCAACAUCAUGGGACUGGCCGUUCUGGGCAGAGAAUCUUUGGAUGAGCUCUCAGACAUGGUGGUCCCACUGUUUGCCGAGGUGGAGAACAAGAAUGUCAUCACCCCGGAAUGGCUACAGCAUCCCUUCACCCAGGACCAUCUCGAGAUGAAGUGCAAUGUAGUUCCAGUGAAGGACAUUCGGCAGCUCAACGUCAGUUUCCCGAUACCUGACCUCAGGAAACACUACAAAUCCAAGCCAGCCCACUACCUAGGCCACCUUGUUGGGCACGAAGGGGAGGGCAGUCUGCUGUCGGAGUUGAAGGCCAAGGGCUGGGUCAACACGCUGUGCGGUGGGGCCAAGGAAGGUGCCAAGGGUUUCAUGUUCUUCAUCAUCAAUGUAGACCUCAGCGAAGAGGGAAUCGACCACGUGGACGACAUCAUCGGUCACAUGUUCCAGUACUUGAAUCUCUUACGCCAGGCAGGACCCCAGGAGUGGGUUCAUGAGGAGUGCCGGGACCUGGACGCCAUGAAGUUCCAGUUCAAGGACAAGGAGAGACCGGCAGGCUACGUCACCCGUUUGGCCAGCAUGCUGCAUCAAGACUACCCAGUGGAGGAGGUGUUGAGUGCUCCCUACAUGAUGCCAGACUUCAGACCGGACCUGAUUGGCAUGGUGCUGAGCCACCUAACCCCGGAAAAUACCAGGGUCGCUGUGAUCUCCAAGAGCUUUGAAGGCAAGACAGACGCGGUGGAGAAGUGGUACGGCACAGAGUACAAGCUGGAGCACAUCCCAGAAGACACAAUUAAGGGCUGGAAGGAUGCUGGCCUGCAUGACAUGUUCAAACUCCCCUCAAGGAAUGAGUUCAUUGCCACCAACUUUGACAUCUACCCCCGAGAGGAGGACUGCCCGGACGCACCCCGGGGCGCAUCGGGGAUAGCCCUGCCUACGCUCAUCAAGGACACACCCUUCACCCUGCUGUGGUUCAAACAGGAUGACACGUUCCUUCUUCCCAAAGUCUGCACCAUGAUGGAGAUAGCCAGCCCGCUAGCCUACAUGGACCCCUUGCACUGCAACCUGACCUGUCUCUUUGCUGUCCUGCUGCGCGACUCUCUCAACGAGUACGCCUACGCCGCCGAGCUGGCGAACAUCAACUACAACAUAGACAGCACAGUCUACGGAAUCAACAUUCAACUGGGAGGCUACAACGACAAACAAAUGUUGCUGCUCAAGAAGAUCCUGGAGAAGAUGACUAACUUUGAGAUUGACGUCAACCGAUUUGAGGUCAUCAAAGAAACAUACUCCAGGAUGCUGCAGAAUUUCCGGGCAGAGCAGCCCCACCAGCACGCCGUGUACUACACAUCGGUUCUCAUGUCAGAGCUAGCCUGGACAAAAGACGAAAUGUUUGAAUGCAUUGACGAGGUGACAGUAGAACGACUGAAGUUGUUCAUUCCUCAAUUUAUGUCCAGGCUUCAUGUGGAGGCCCUCAUCCAUGGCAACAUGACCAAACAGCAAGCCCUUAAUGCCCUGGAGAUGGUGGAGAGCAUCUUGAAGGAGCAGGGCAACAGCAAACCGCUUCUCCCAAGUCAGCUGGCAAGACACAGAGAGAUCCAGCUCCCGGACGGCUGUUUCUACAACUACCACCGCCAUAACGAUGUUCACAGCUCCUCCGGCAUCGAGGUCUACUACCAGACAGACGUGCAGUCAACAAGGAGCAACAUGCUCCUGGAACUCUUCUGCCAAAUCAUCAGCGAGCCGUGCUUCGACACACUGAGAACCAAGGAACAGCUAGGUUAUAUUGUAUUCAGCGGUGUCCGGCGAUCCAAUGGCGUUCAAGGCUUGAGGUUCAUCAUCCAAUCAGAGAAGAGACCCCAAUAUCUGGACAACAGAAUCGAGGCUUUCCUACUCAGUAUGCAGACGUACAUCAAGGAGCUUUCGGAGGAGGCUUUCCAGAAGCACGUGAACGCACUUGCUGUGCGGAGGCUAGAGAAACCGAAGAGAUUGGCCAGCGAGGCCGGGCGAUACUGGUCAGAAAUCACCUCCAAGCAGUAUAACUUUGACAGAGCCAAUAUAGAAGUGGCCUACCUCAAAACACUGAAGAAGGAGGACAUCCUGACAUUCUUCGAGGACCUCCUGGCCGUGGAUGCGCCACACCGCCACAAAAUGUCCAUCCACAUCAUGCCCCCUGUGGACCCAUCAUCCAACCUGGAGGGGGCCGGGGACCAGUUGGAUGGGGACCAGCCAGACCUGGCAAGCCUAAACAGCAUGGACCUGCUACCCACCCCUCCACUGCCGCAGGCGAUCAUUGUUCAAGAUAUCACAGGAUUCAAGACGGGCCUGCCGUUAUUCCCCCUCCCCGAGCCCUACAACAGCAGCGCUAAAUCCAAGUUAUAGAUGAGGCAAAAAUGUCCUUAUAGUCAUUCCUUUUGUUUAUUACGGCAAAUUAUUACGCAUAGGGCAUUUAUCCCUUUUAAAUAUUCAAUUACAGUGUGUCAGUAUGCAAAAAACCUACAGCAUGUUGCCUGAUAGGAGCGCAGCUGGUCAUGGAUGAACGAUGGAAAAGCGUCCUCACAGAACAGGAUCGACAUUCUUGUCAACAAGAAUUGUUUCUCAAUUAAAAUGAGUACGAGUAUGAAAAUAAGCAUCCAUGUAUCAGUGUGGUUGUAGUUGAGUACAUUUCCACCAAUCUGAGAAUGAAUUCCGAAAAGUACGGGUGUGCACAAGUGUGGUUAUGAUUACUGUCACACCGUGAUUUAUCCAAAUAUACCUGGGAGAGUGCGAGCAGUACAGGUAUUCCAACGUUCUAGUUGUUGAGUAACAAUUCCACGAGUAUGAGAACAGCCAAAAAAUGUCUCCGAGUAUGAGUACCAGUUUUUUCACAGCAACCAGCAUUAGAAUUUGUGAGGGUUUAAUGGUGCUUCAGUGGUGAUUGGAAUUGGGGGGGCAGGGGUAAUUAUGCUCUGAGGCCAUAAUUUCAGAAGUCUGGCUGCAUCGCAUGUUCUGUUCAGUGACGCUGGCCCAGGUAGUUUUCUAACGCAGAAAAGUUUUGAGGGCCUGAUGUUUCGAUCCUAGGAGAAUCUUUUUCAAAUGCAUUUGGAACUAGAAGUCAAGAUUAACCCUAACACUCCUCAAUCCUUCACCUGUUGGAGGAUUGAGGAUUGUUAGGGUUCAUGUCACUGCUCCAAUAGACCUGAGAUUUUUAAACGAGGGAUUGUUUGAUUUGCAAAUGACGGUCAAGGGGCUUGUUGCAUCUUUAUCAUUUCCCGCCAGUAGUAAAGUUUUGCCACGACUUGAGCACCCUCAGACCAGUCCUGCAUGUAAAAAUCAACAUCCAUUUUGCAACUGGAAUAGAGCCUCGCAGUAGUCUUUCUUUUUAAUCAAGUUUUUAUUCCCCAUUCCAGUGGAAGGAAUUUAUCAGUUGCCUCAUGAACUGUUGCAUCAUGUUUACAAAGUCUAAGAUGGUACUCAUUCCAUGAUGCACCAAAACUAUCAUAAACAUCCCUCCCUGGUGCAGCUGACUUAUUGAAGAAAAAUACUAUCUGCUGCUGGCUAAAAAAAUACAAAUUUUAGUUCAACAAAAAGCGGCCAAACUAAAUACCAUCAUUUGGUUUAACUCAUGUUGCAGUCCGGAAGUUUUUGGUGUGAAAAUAAAAGUUACGUUUGAAAAUGUACAACUACAAGGAAAAGACCUUGAAGGUGACAGUAGCUAAAGGGUCCAUUUAACCAUUUCUAAGUGUACACGUGUUUGUCAAAAUGUACAUUGUUGUGUGUAGUUUUCCCCUGUGGAAAGAAAAUGCACCAUGAAAGAACUAGAACUAGAUAGGCACUCAAAUCUGGUAACAAGUUGGAAAAAGUAAACUUCUCUGAAUUUGAAUUGCCGUCAUAUGGUGGUUUUACACAUUGUUUCCUGUGAUUUCCUUUCUACAUCUAAAUGUAAUUCCAUAAAGGAAACUCAGAAUGGGACCCCCAUUCAGGGGACGUGGGGGGAAUCAGAAUAGGUUUCAUAUUCAGUGGGUUUUCUUAUUCAUAAUAAGCACUUCCUGGCAAACCUAAAACUUAUAUUUUGAGCAGUGCAAAUGCCCCUGUACAUUGCUGAUCAUAUUCUCCUAAUUCCAUAAAAUAGCCCCCAUCUGCCUAUGCUUCAUGUUAUGUCGUUGACAAUGCAUAUCCUCACUUGUUACCAUUCAGGUAGAAUAAAUUUAUGCAGUGUAAAUAUUUCUCUUUUUCUUUUCAAAAUCCACGAUGCUUAGACAACAAUAUGCAAGAUUUCAUUACAUACCUCUUUGUUCUGUGAUAAACCAUGCAGUGCAAUGUAUAUGUACGUAGCUGUAAUGAUUAAAGAAAUCAUGACAAGAAAUGA